AUGCCUCCGCCCAGGGUGGCCUCCCGCGAGGAGCGCGACCGCCUGAGGCGGGAGCUGCUGGACGCGGAGAAGGCCCUCACGCGGCAGGGCGACGAGGUGGCAAGGCAGCGUCGCGCCCUGCCCUGGGUGCGGGUCGAGAAGGACUACUCCCUGCGCGACGCCGACGGCCGGGCGGUCCAGCUGUCGGAGCUGUUCAGGGAGGGGACGGCGGACCUGGUGGUCUACCAUUUCGCGUGCGGGCCCGGCGCGGACGACCCCUGCGACCAGUGCUGCUGCUGGGUGGAAGGCUUCGACGCGUACGCGCCGUUCUUCGACGGCAGUUUCGGCUUCGCGGUGGUGGCCGGCGCGCCGCACGAGCGCCUCAGGGCGCUGACGGGCCUCAGGGGCUGGACACUGCCAAUGUACAGCUCCGCGGGCAGCGACUUCAGCCAGGAUUUCGCGGUCGAGGGCUAUGAAGAGGAGGGCGAUGGGACGGGGGGUGCGGCGCCGCGGUCGCCCGCCCUCAGCGUGUUCCGCAAGGAGGACGGCGUGGUUUACUGUACGUACUCGACCAGCGGGAGGGGCCUUGAGGUCUUCAACCCGGUUUGGGCUUUCUUGGACACUCUUCCGAAUGGACGAGAAGGGUGGCAUCAGGAACACAGGCAUCUGUGCAGAGAGAAGCGGCCUCAUGAAUGCAAUGGAAGCGACGAGUCGAGCAAGAAACCCAGGAGCGCAGGUUGA